UUCAAUGGCGGAGACAAUGAAGCUAAGUGGAAAUCACGCUCCCCCUAAUGAAUCCUGCAACAUGUCCAACUACAGGGACUGCACCUGUGCGAUGCUGAAGCUGCUCUCAGACUUCGGGAGAGAGCUCAAAUUAAGUGAUGCUGCUCUGAGAAUAGAAGUCAACAUCGAUGCUGUUGAUCUACCGUCAUCUCCAGAUACUCACGUAUACAACUGUUUGCAGGAGCAUAUCACUCAAUUACAGGCUGUAUCAGAAAACUUAAAGACACUGAUGGAGGCUCACCGUGAUACAUCAUCUACAAAAGACAACACAUCAGUCGAUGCUGUCACCUCAUCGUCACUCAAAGAGCAGACGACUGCGAUGUCUGAGCACCAUCCUCUCAGCCCAGAGGAUGCGGAAAGCAAGACGGCAGCUGAUGAUGUCAUGGUUCAGAUCAGAGCCAGGAAGUCAGAGAUUGAGCGAAGAAUAUCUGCAUUUAUGGAACGCAAGCAGAUGGAGAUCAAUGAAAACAAUGUACGCGAAUUUUGCAACGUGAUCGACUGCAAUCAGGAAAACAGCUGUGCAAGAACAGAGGCAGUUUUCACUCCAUAUCCAGGUUUUAAAAGCCACGUUAAAGUCACAAGGGUGGUAAACACUUAUGGGCCCCAGACACGUAGUGGGGGAGGACAAGGAGAGGCUGUGGAGCAGCAGAGGGGGCCGAUGGCAAGAGACUGUGGAAAUGCAGCCAUAGAAGAACGACUUCACAAUAUCGAGACUCACCUGAAACUCCCAACAGCUGGCCCAGUUCCAUUGAGUGUCUACCAGAGACUAAAGAAGCUGGAGGAUCGUAUCUUGGAGUUAGAGGGACUCUCACCAGAGUACUUUCAGUCCACGGGUCACCUCCACAAACGACCAAAGACAUCCCCUGCUCAGGCCUGUAGUCUGACAGAGCUGGAUGAGAAGAUCAGUGCAGUGAAAGCUGCCCUACUGAAAAGGGUGAAUGAAUUCGGGCCAGGAUAUGGAACAGAGUGUCCUCUGUAAUAUCCCCCCACAGCAACACUCCAAACAGACUGUUUAUUAAUGCAGUAUUGGUUUCUUUUUGUGUUCCUCCAUUCUUCAUUAGCACCGUUCUCAAAAUAUGCCAUCAAAAACACAUUUUAUACGAGCUUCAUGACAUGGGCAGAAAAACUGUAUUCCUAUAAAUAGUUUUGUAGUUACCUAAGAUGUAAUUGUUACUUUAAAUAAAGACAUUUCUUCCUUGGAAAACUGAUUAAAUUAUGAGCUUAAAGCUACUACGAGGAACUUUUUUUUCUGUUGAGUUUGGCGGUCCCUGUGAACAAAAGUGGUAGCGUGACAGUUUUUGACAGCAUACUAUGCCAUUAUUUCUUUACAUACUAUACAAUGAUGUUUUAAUAACGUGGUAUG